UCAAUGGAAUUUACAAAUCAUUUUUGGUUAAUUAUCAUUUUUCUGGCUAAUCAUAACAGGUGUCUAAUUUUCCACACUGGUAACUUGAAUCAGCAGCAUCAUCAUGGUUUAUCAUCGCAAUCGCAACCGCAACAGCAGCCGCAAAUAAAUUUUUUUCAAAAUUCAACAGAUUCAUUGAAUUUUUUAGAUGAUCGUAAUUUACGUUUAAGCCAAGAUAAACGUGAAAUAUUACAAUAUUUAAAUACAAAAAAUGUUAUAAAAACAAUGUUAAAAUUAUUAUUUGGUACAAAUGAAGAAUCAAUGGUUACAUCCAGACAAGUAUUGAAUGUUUUUGUUAAGAUGUUAGAAGUAUUAAAAUCAUCAUUUGGACAACGUGCACGUUCAACAUCGACAACCAGUCGUUUACGUGAUACAAUGGAUAAUGCUGCACAAGCAAGCAUAUCAAUGAUACAAGGUUAUGUUAAAUCCGUUUUACAAACAGAUAAACAAUGUAUAAAACGUUCCAUUUGUGAAAGUGCAUCGAAUGCAGCACGUGAAAGUCGUGAAUUAGGUAAUCUGAUUGCACAGAUUGGUGGAUAUGCAACCAGUUAUAUGUUAGAAAAUCAACGUUCAUUACCAUUUGGUGCUAGUUUUGAAGCAAUACGUAUUGGUCGUAAUGGUGCUGAUUGUCGUAAAGCAUAUAAAUGUAUGGAUGAAAUUUGAUAAACAAACAACAAACAGCAACAACCAAACAACAACAACGUUAACGACCAACCGAAUAUCAAAAAUUAUAUGGAAACCAAAAUGUAUCGAUCCAUCAUUAUUAUC